UGUUCUUAGUCUUCCUUUUAACUUUACUUUCUUGGUUUUUGUAAUUGUGAAUAUAUAUGAAGUUUGGGAACAGACAGACGCAUGCGUUUGUUUAGAACAAUAUGCAGGUCGAAUUCGGAGGAUCUGAACAAAGUGUGGAAGGAAGAGGUGGAAUCCGUCUUUGCAUCUCAUGGCCUAACCUGCAGAUUGAAUAAGGAUGAGUGUAAAAUGAUCCUGGAAACAGGUAAUACUGAGGACGAAGAUAUCAUUAAUAGGGCUAGGCGUGCUCUCUGUGUUCUAGCAUGUGGUCUGAGCACACAAUGGGUUAAACCAAUAUUGCUCGGACAAAUCUAUUGUGAUGCUAUAAAGAUAGAGAAACCAGAUGAGAUGAGUGAGGAAGAAUUUUCAAGCAAUUAUGAUGAUUUCAUCGACAAAUUUGAAAAGUUAUAUGAACUCCAGCGCAAGUGGUACUGCUUUGUUCUUUUUUUUGAAGAAUGUAUAACGGUUCUGGCUACUUCGUUUCAAGCAACAAGCGCAGUGAUGUCCCUUGUUCGAGAAAGCCUUUUCGGCACUAUCCCCUUUCAAGAUAAUGUUGAGAUACUGAUAAGAUGUAUAGAAAAUUACGAUCAGGAGGAAAAAACUUUAACAAAUAAUCUAGAGUUGUUCUGCUCUUUGCUUGCUGGAGUUAGUGAAUAAGUCAAUAAGAUUUAAACUACAUAAUUGCCAGCGAGGUCAUAGAAAUUCUCGUUGGAAAAUGGUUAAGACCCUGACUCUCUACAGGAAGUUAUAAUAAAUUGUUGGUACCCUGUUCUGGCU